CGAACGGGGCUUGCAUUUUUAGGCGAUUUUUUAUUUUCGUUUUCGUUUUCGCAUUGAUUCCAAUUCAAAAACAAACAUUUUUCUAUUUUUUUAAAUUUAUUGUCUAAUCCAAUCAAUGUCGCAAACCGUGCGGUAUUCUAAUCUCACACGGCCCGACAGCCAAGCCUCCGGCUACGGAGACAACCCCGGUCGGUUCACGCAAGCACUCAGCGCAGCAGUCAAGCGCGAGCACGGCUCAGGACAGCAGCAGGAGCAGCUAGAGGAGAUUGAGCAGAAAAUAACCUUGUCUUUGCAGGCCAUUGACGCCAACUUUGACCACUGCCAGCGGACAAUGGCGAGGGAUGUUAUGCCCAAGGUGGAGAAGCUCGCCAGGCUAUCCGGCGAGCUGCUGGAGGCGUCGCAACCAUGGCUGCAGUUUUUCAUGGCUGUGGCGGCGGCCGACGACCAGGACAGCAGCAGCGGUGGGCUGGAGGAGGGAGAGCUGGACGGGGGCGAGGAGGAGAUUGGGUUGGCGCAGCGCGUGGCCAUCGAGGAGGUUGCGCAUGUGGGCGAGAUCACCGCGCGGUUCCCGGAAAAUACGGCCACAGCUGGUGAGCUGGCCUUAUGGGAUGACGAUGAUCCGGCAGAUAUCGAUGCAGACAUUGCCACGCCGCAGCUACAUCGCGCGCAUGGCGGACCAACUCCCGGGUUCAGCAAAGCGGCAGCGGCCGAACACCCCAAAGAAGCCUGUGGGCGCAUGCAUGCGCACCAACUACCCGGCAGCGCAGUCUCGGGAAAUUCAUCCUCAAUGGAUACCGCCGAUCUCAUGCCGGACUCCAGCCCGCCCCACACAACCACGUUUACGCUGCCAAAGUCGCGUCACCGCCGGAUCGCCCCGAUGCGUGAGCCCACGCCUAUGCUGCCAGAGGAAGAUGAAGAUGAGAUUCUCGGCGAAAUCAACUCGCUGAUCCGCCGCUAUGACAGCCCAAGAGCCGCCUCCGUGGCUUCGUCUAGGGUAUCUGGGAUCAGGCCCCGGGCAGCUCCUGAGUCUGUGGCUAGGAGUGACGCUGCAUCGAGUAAUGGCGAGGAGAUGCGCGCGUUGGCAGAGAAGUAUGCCAGUCCGGCGAUGGUGGCUGAGGCUUCGCGCGUCCAGGGGCUGGUGGCUGACAUGGAGGAGAUGCUGGACGAAGUCGAUGCCACGGCAGAGCAGCCUGGGGAACCCCGGUGCGUGAUUAAAGAGGAGGCCGACCAUUUUGGCGCCGACGACUUUGACGAAGACAUUCCGUCGCCGCCGCAGAUUGUCUCGAGUCUCGAAGGCUCGCGCGUAGUCAUCCCAGACAUCCCACAGCCGGCGCCAUCGCCGGCGCGACGCAUGCAUAAUGCAGCGCGAGUGACCGUGCGCAUGGAGGAAGCAGACCUGGCGGACAUGACCAUCGGGCAGCUCUCACCCCUGGCGCUGCGCAGUCGCAUGCGGCCACCCGUCGCCCCCACGGCACCCGUCGCCCCAACAUCCCCGCACUUCCACGCGCUCAGCGGCUCCGCCGAUGCCGACGAUCCCUUUGGGCCAACACCAGCGCGCCCUGCGCCAGGCAUCCGGCCACCAGUUCCCUUGUCCUUGCCGUCCUUGCGGCCACGGCAGUCGAGGACGACCAGCGCAUCUGACGGCACCGCCACAUACGACCAUACUAGCGGGGCGCAACUCAACGACAGCAGUCUGACGAUUGAUGCUGGAUUUACGUUGGCGUCGAUGGACGGCACUACAUCGAUUCUGCCCACCCGUGAAAUGCUGCAGCGUGCAGCUCAGGUUGCUGAAAGCUCGGCGGCGCUUUCUGAUGAUGGUAUGAGGGAUUUGAGAACUGGGAUGUUGGGAUUUGGAGAUGUCGAGGAUUUGGAGGAGACUGAGGAGACAGAGAUGCCGCUGGGAACUGUGCUUGAUCUGGAAGCUUUUCCGCCGGCGUUUCGAUGCGCUCCAGCGUCAAAGCAGUUGCGAGAGCUGUAUGAGCUGAUGCGGUCGCAGGAACAGAGAAUCUGGACCUUGGAUGAUUUAGUCAUGGAGGAGAGCAGAAGGCUGGAGGGAGGCGAGCUGCGCGGUGUUGGCAUGGGCAUGUAUGUUGUGUUGUUGGAUCUUUUGUCUAGACGUAGAUUGGUGCGCAAAAUAUCAGACACUUUAUGGGCUGCGCACUAGCAAAAAGGUUUUUUUUAAGCAAAAGUUAAACAUUAUGUUUUCAAUACAAUAUCAGCUUUUUUUGUUUUUUU